AUGCGCCGGGCGAUCGCGCUCGCCGCGCGCCGUGCGCUCGUCGCCGCGGAACCCCUCGCGGGCGCGGACGCGACGCGGACGACCACGACGCGCGCUCGCGUCCUCGCCCCGCUCGCGUUCCACGCGACGCAGACGCGAGAUCUCUCCGCGAGAGCGCGAGGGCGAUCCCGAGGCUCGAGACGCGCGGUCGGCGCGAGGCCUCCGCCGCCCGCGGGAGGCGACCCGAACGACCCCUGGGAGCGCGUGGAGGACCGAGCGACCGGGCAGAUCUACUGGUGGAACGUCCAGACGAACGAGACGACGCCGCUGGGCGCGCCGAAGCCGCCGCCGGGGACGAGCGCGAACGUCCCGACGACGACGGGAGGACACCCGUCGCACCCUCCCGCGCAGCAGCAGCAGCAGAGCCGCGGCAUCCUCGGAGGCCUCGGAAGCAUCGUCGCGGAGGGCAUGGCGUUCGGGACCGGGUCCGCGCUCGCGCACAGGGCGAUAGGGAGCAUGUUCGGCGGCGGCGGCUACGGCGGCGGCGGCGGCGCGGCUCCGGCGCCGGGGGGCGAAGCCCCGAGCGACGCCGCCGCCGCCGCCGGAUCGGAAGCGGGAGGAGGGUGGGGGGACGACUUCGACGACGUGGACGACAGCGGCGGCGGGUUCUUCGACGGGUUCGACAUGGGCGACUUCGACGAGUGA